UAGCUAACAUCGUACCACCAUAGACAUUAAAACCAGAUUACCACAAAUCUAAACCGGAAGUGAGAUAGUGACCCCUUUCAUGUAAAAAUUAUUCCCGGAAGAUACGUUUCGUCGAUGAUGAAGUACUAAAUAGGUGGAUCGGCCCCUUUCUCAGUAGGAAUGCCGGGCGGAGUGGACUAUGGGCAGUUUGGGGGGAGCCUUCCUGCCAUCGCCUCUUUGAAUGCGUCCUACUCCACCACUGUAUCCCUCCCCUCCCCCCACUACCUGAUGGUGCCCCCUGGGGAGAAGAAGGUCAUCUCGGAUGUCCGUCGCACAUUUUGCCUCUUUGUCACCUUUGACCUCCUCUUCAUCUCACUGCUGUGGAUCAUCGAGCUCAAUAUCCAGAACUCCAUUUGGCAGAGCCUUGAGCUGGAGGUUGUCAAGUACAGCUUCCAGUCCUCCUUCUUUGACAUCUUUGUGAGUGUAAACGAUCAAGCUAUAAUAAUCGGUCCGAAAGUGCUCCUUGCCUUGUUUCGUUUCUUGUGUCUCCAGUUGGGCUAUGCUGCUCUGCGUCUGAGGCACUGGUGGGUCAUUGCGAUCACCACUCUAGUGACCAGCUCCUUCCUUGUAGUCAAAGUCAUUCUCUCCAAUCUGCUAUCCCAGAAUGCCUUUGGCUACGUGUUGCCCAUCACAUCCUUUGUGGUGGCAUGGCUGGAGACGUGGUUCCUGGACUUCAAGGUGCUCUCCAUAGAGGCUGGUGAUGAGAGAGCCUACCUAGCAGCAGUGAACGCAGCGUCGGAGCGAGCUCCCAUGAUCUACCCUCGCGCUGUGUCUGAAGGACAGUUCUACUCUCCACCAGAAUCCCUCGCAGGGUCUGAGGAGGACCUGGAUGAGGAGGGGCUGGGUCGCAGGGCAGUCUCCCCCCAGGAGAAGGCGCUGGUGAGGCAGGGUAAAGAGGCCAUGGCCGUGGUGGAACAGAUCCUGGCCCAGGAGGAGAACUGGAAGUUUGAGAAGAACAAUGACGUGGGGGAUUCUGUGUACACACUGGAGAUCCCCUUCCAUGGAAAGACCUUCAUUCUCAAGGCCUUCAUGCAGUGUCCUGCAGAGCUGGUGUACCAGGAGGUGAUCUUACAGCCAGAGAAGAUGGCCCAGUGGAACAAAACCGUUUCUGGUUGCCAGAUCCUCCAGAGGGUGGAUGACAACACCCUGGUGUCGUACGAUAUCUCUUCCGGGGCAGCAGGGGGGGUAGUGUCUGCCAGGGACUUUGUGAAUGUGAGGCGGGUGGAACGCAAACAAGACUGCUACGUCUCCGCUGGCAUGGCAACCGACCACGACGCCAAGCCUCCGCACAGUCGCUAUGUCAGAGGUGAGAAUGGUCCAGGAGGGUUUGUGGUCCUGAAGUCCAACAGUAACCCCUCGGUCUGUACCUUUAUCUGGGUGCUCAACACAGACCUCAAGGGUCGACUGCCCCGCUACCUUAUCCACCAGAGUCUGGCUGCCACCAUGUUUGAGUUUAUGGCCCAUCUACGCCAGCGCAUCCGUGACCUACGGUCCACUCGCUAGAUGCCCUCUCACUUACUUCCUGUCGGGAAGCUAGAUGCUUGCAACCCACAGCGCCACCGCAGGUUUGGUGGUGUCACUGCAGAUUUAUGGGAACACCUACAGUUGGAAGUGCACUUGAGAUUAUGGUGGAUAUCAAACUUACUUAGACUAGAGGAAGGUCAACAGCAUAGAGAAUGGGAGACUGGUGUGUCUGUACUUUCACCUGUCUUUUAGACGUGAGGAGGUCUGGGACUGUCAAGAGGAGAUGUUCCUCCUCUCCCAUGGACUCCAUGUUGUUUUUAAACAUAGUUACACACGUUUUUAUGUAACUUUUCUGCUGUUUCUCUCACUGAUGCCAGUGUUGGCUGCAUCUCCCUCCAGCCAAGAAGUCUAACAGUAUUGAACGUGUAAUGGAGGUCAGACUAGGACUACGCUUGAUGAGACUUGAUGAAGACCGCUAACUCUGAGCCUUAUUCUACCGCACAUUUAUGUUAGCCAUUGACUGGCUGUUAUGCUUUUUUCUUGUUGUUUUUCCACUGUCUUCACUGUUAUUCUCUGGUGACCGGGGAAACCGCUACACAUGACCACAUCAUAAACAAAAAUUUAACUGUUGGAACACAAUGAACCCACAGGGUGUCCCUUUUGUCCUCGUUGACCCUCACUGCACUGUGAUCCAUUGAAGCUGACUGUAGGAGUGCUGUAGUCCUCCAGCCACUAGGGGGUGACACUACCACAGAUCUACUAACAAUGGGAGACAACCUACUUAAUGGAGCUCAAGAUGGGUGGUUGUGAUGACUUAUCAGUCACUCAUGGGUUCAUAAAGAGUUUCAGAUACUCUACUCUUCUGUGCCAAGCCUUUAGUGGCCUUUUUAGCUAGAGGGAAUCCAACUGCCCUUAAUGAUGGUUUAUCUAAAUUGUAACUGUAUUGGUAAGUGUAUCGCAGCCUUCUGAGAUAAGCCUUGACUGCAGACAUACUGUAGAUGGAGAAGUGGCAGUAAAUGAAUUAUGUGAUUCUUUAUGUUAAACAUUUAUCAUUGUGGUGGAUGCAAUAUUGAAAUUGGCUAUAAUCAGGGGGUUCUGAUUCUCUGUAUCUAAUAAGCAUAUGACAGUUCCUCAAUGGCAAAGCAUGCUGCUUUGCAUAUCACAACCUUCAGCUAUCAGCCUGCUGUGUGCAUGGCGAUGCAGUACUGAAUAUCUGGUGUGUCAGGUCAUUGAACAUUAUGCUUGUGAAAACUCAUGUUCCCCUCUAAUGCCUUGCAGUCCUGUAAAAAUACAAGUCGGACUUGUUCUGUUUUGGGCUCCACUCUAUUUUAGGGCCCUAGUUAUUAACAGGCUUAGCUACAUCAUUAUUGUAUCAGAACAGAAACAAAACAUGUUGAACAAAGAAACAAAAUGUUUUUAAAUUGUAUGGGCUGUCUGAAAGUGAAAAUAUGGUCUUUGAGUUCCAUGAUGAAGAAAAAAAAGUCUGAAGAUAAUUUGAACAGUUUGCCAUCUGUGUGAGUGGGAGUUUCACACGUAAGCCAGUUCUGUAAAUCUCUUAACUAAUAAUUGGGCUGAGAAAGCUGUUGGUUGGUGUGGUGCCUUUGUCACAGUGACAGAAAUGGGCAUAUAGUGUCACUGUGACCACACUUUAACUGUUAGGACUUAUCUAUUACUAGAAUAUCACUUGUUUGCUAAAGGUCUGUGUUGCAAAGGUCGCUUUAUUUUCAGUUUGGUAUGUUUUAAUUUCUAUGAUUGUUCUAAUGUUUUGAAAUCAUACAAACUGCUGAUCGUUUACAAAAAAAUGUGUCAAUUUUCUAUCGUCUUCAAAUAUUUUACCAGGAUACUGAAUUGUAUUUUUUUUUAACAGAAGAUUAGCCCGCCUUGAAUCUCUAAUAAAAUGUUGAAAAUAGUUAUUGAUGAAACAUCCUGACUCCCAUUUCUCAGCCUUUCCAGUAAAACCAACCCCUCAACCCUGUAACACAAACUGUCCAAGAUGCCUGGUUGAGUAGGUUAUCCUGUAGGCCUACAUAGAAAAGCCUGAUUUACAAAACGUCCACUUGUGAUAUUAGGAGGGACUCCUCUGAUAAGGAAGAUUUCACAGGGAACGUGACACAAACCACUGAGUGUUUGUUAACUGAGUAGAUACCGGUAACACACAGGGUUUUGUCCAAACUGAACAAGAUGGACUGGAACAUGGACUACCUGGACUUGUCCACAGCAACCGUUGGGUUGCUAGACAUUCACGUUAUAUGGCCGGGACAACCACACUACUUUUUUUUUUUUUUUUGCCUGAAGUAACCUUGGGUGUUAUGUAACCAUACCAAACGUAACACGUCAUACUAAUAUGAGUAUCCCGGAUUUACGUUUACUAUGUUACGCCUAGUCUAUGAGACCAGGCUGUCCAAUAAGAAACACUUAUUGUUUUAAAAAGUUUCCUAUUGCAUUCCUUAAUGAACAUGGUCACGCUCCAUUUCUCAGUCUCCCUCUUUCUCACCCUGUCUACCAUUUGCAUGGCUCUCUGUGCGCUUGUGCUCGAGGCUGUGUUUAUAUCAUGAUUAUAACACUGACUAAAGUUGGCAUCUCAUGGGAGCUUUCCUUUUACACUACAA